AUGUCGCACGCCGAGCAACUACAGACACUGCAAGCCAUCUUCCCAGAUUGGGACGAGCAAGACCUCCAAUUCACCCUUUCCGACGCCAAGGGCAACGUCGAAGAUGCCGUCCUCAUGAUCUCUGAAGGUCGCGCCCAACAAUUCACAACAGCUAGCAAGAAGAAGGCCGCCAAGCCAAAGGACAAGGUCCUCUCUAGCAGAAACGCAGACACUGGAGGCUGGGGCGAUGCUACCGUAGAGACCGGUUUCGGCAAGCCUUCAAGGGGCGGUAGGGGAGGUAGCAGGGGCGGGCGUGGUGGACGCGGUAGUGAACCCAUUCGUGGUGGCCGUGGUGGUGCUCGAGGAGGACGUGGUGGUGCCCGAGGCGGCCGAGGUGAUUUCUCCAAUACCGAUGGAGCCGCCCCUGCCUGGGGAUCUUCCAACAACGCUGGAGGCGAGUCAUCUACCACCCCCGGUGGAUGGGGCGAAGCUGCUGCUGCCGAGCCUGUCAAGGCCGACGAAGGAGCUGGAGGCUGGGGCGCCGAGCCUGAGGCUCAACCUUGGGACGAAGCUCCCAAGCAAGCCGACGCUGUGCCGGGACAGAGCAAGGGCGACGACUUUGCGAGCUCUGGUGGAUGGGGCGAUGCCCCGGCGGCCAAGGAGGUUGAGAGCGCGGCCAAUUCGAAUGGAAAUGCAUGGCAGGCAGAGAUUGACAAGCCUGUGCCGGUCGCUCAGCCCUCAGCACCUGUGGCCAAGCCAAAGCUGACCUGGGCCCAAAUCGCAAAGCCCGCUGAGAAGCCCAAGCCUGUCCCUCCUCCCGCUCCUGUCGCCCCCGAGCCCCAACCCGAACCCGAGGCCGAGGCCACAAUCACCUCUGAUGAACCUGUCGCUCAGGACGAAGUCGCUGUCACCCCCGAAGCCCUCCAAGACACCACUCCCGAGCCUGUUGGCGCCCUCGGCGAUGCGCCUGCCCAAGACGAAGUAGAAGCUGAGGCUGAAACGGCUGGUGCAUCUACCGAGGCGCCCGCCGAGGAGCAGCCCCAAGAGUUGUUGCCCGAAGAGACCGCUCCUGCUCAGGCAGACAAGUGGGAGACCGAUCCCGCCAUUGCUGGUUCUGGUACUCAAAAUUGGGCGGAAGAGCAAUCCACUGCCGCCCCUGAGCCCCCUACCACCUACCAGGGUCCUCCCGGUUUCAGCACUGUCGCUUCCAAGGCUGCUCCCGGCGUCCAAGCUGGCCUCAGGUCAAACUCCCGUGCCGCUCAGCGAUACAAGGAGGCCGAGGGUCAGGGUGUCGUGCUCCCUGCCAGUGUUGGCGGCGUUGCUGGUGUCGAGAUGCAAUUCGGUAGCUUGAGCUUUGGUGGCCUCAAUGGCGAUGGUGUGGACUCUCCUGCGCCGGAACCCAAGCAAGAGGCUCCCCAACAAGCUGCCCCUAUUCAGGCUCAGCCCGCUGCUUCUCCCGUCGCCCACACUCAACCUCCCGCUCCCACCCAGCAACAAGCCCCUGCGUCCACCGCUUCUCAACCUCCCGCUCCCCUCUACCAACAGCAACAGCCCGGCUACUCUGCUGCCCCCACACCCCACCAGACCCUCCAACAGCAGAUGCAAAACUACCAAUACCUCCAGCAACAACAGGCUCCUGCCCCUGUCCACUCUGCUACCCCCGAACAACACGCGGUGCAGCAGCAGCAACAGGCUCAGAACCAAUUCUACCGAGGGCAGGACUACUACAGCCCGAUCGGCUCUCACGGAGAGCAGGCCCAGCAGCAGCAACAGGCCGCUGCCCCUCAACCCCAGCCUCAGGCUUCCAACAGCCCUUACGAGCCGUUCGGUGCUUUCGGUCAGCAAUCUAGAUUCUUGGGUCAACAGGCCAACCAGCACGUCGCCCAGGGUUCUGAUUCCUACGGCGCUGCUCAGAGACAAUCGUUCGACUCUUAUGGCGCAUCUGGCUACCCUCGACCUCCAGUGGAAGAGCCCAAGCCUGCUGCUACUCCUUCUCACCCUACUGCUGGGCAGCUGCCUCACCAACAGAGUGGUUACUACUCUGGCAUGGGCAACAUGGGCUACUACCAGCAGGGUCCUUACAACCCUUACUACCAAUACGGCCAAGCCCCUCAAGCCGGUUUCCAGCAAUACUACCCUAUCGCCGGCCGAGGUGUCUACGGCCAACCCGCUCCUCAGCCUGCCCCCGCUCCUAUCCCUGCCAAGCCCCAGGCGACUCAGUCUCCCUACGGCGGCCCCUCCCCUUACCCCGCUUUCAACUCUGAAGACUCUGCCUUCGGUGGUCUCGGUCGAUACGAAGCCAAGCCCGCUGGCGCUGCCCAGCCCAACGCCGCUGCUCAGACUCCUGCUCAGUCCGGUUCUGCCCUCGGUGGCUCUUAUGGCUCCCAGGGCUUGCACGGUUUCUUGGGCAUGAACAACACCCAAGCCGGUGCUGCUCGUCCCCAGGGCGCCCCUGAAGACAGCAAGUACGGCGGUGCGUCCUCCAACCAGGUCGGCACCCCCAACGUGUCUGCCGCCAACCCCUCCGCGCCCAACUCUGGUAUCGCUGCUCAGCAGGCUCAGGCUGCUGCUCAAGCUCAGGCUAUUCAGCAACAGCAGCAGCAGCAACGAGGCCCCUCUGCCGCUGGCCAACAGCAACACCAGCCCCAGCAGGGUGGCUUUGGAAGCUACCCUUACGGUGGCGGCUACGGUGGUCAGGACUGGGGACAGUACGGCGGGCACUAUGCCGGUAGGGGUGGCUACAGUCAGUGGCAGCAGUAG